UUCUUAUUAAUUAUACUUUUAAAAUCUAAGUUUAAUUAUCCAUACUUUAUGUAGUUUCUUAAUGAUAAAUGUAAUAUUAGAAGAAAACUAAUAAAACUUUCUUGAUUUGUUAAUAUAGACAAGUUAAAAAAGAAAAUUUAUUUUUAGUAUAACAGAUAGAAAUAAAAAUAAAGGAAGAGAGUAUUUUCGGUGCUUCUUAGCUUUUUACGUCCCACAAUUCACAUAAAGUUAUUUACAUACACUACAAAAAAAAAUAUUCUCUAAGUAGGUAAACUUAUCUUUCCAACAAAAUUCAUUUUGCUUCUCUUUUUUGACUUGAUGACAUUUGAUAAUUUGAAAAAUCUCAAAGUACUUCAUUAAGAAGCCUGUUAAUGCACCUUCUAUAUAAAGUAACAUAUACCCUUUCUCUAUAGAUAAGGUGGAGUGGCCUAUGAUAUUCCCAACAGCAGCCUCCAUAAAACUAUUGCUUCAUCUUUCUAUGCAUGACCUCAUUUCUCCAUAGUAGAAGUGGAGGUGAUGAGUGGAAAAAAUAUUUCUUGCUGGUUGAAUGGUCUUGUGGAGAAAAUGAAGAGGUUGCCAAGAUUAACAUGGAGAAAAAUCUGGAAAGUAGGGAAAGAAGAUAAAAGAAGGGUAAUUCACUCACUAAAAAUGGGAAUCUCCUUAACAUUGGUCUCCUUGUUAUAUUUAAUGGAACCAUUGUUCAAAGGCAUUGGAGAAAAUGCUAUUUGGGCUGUCAUGACUGUUGUGGUUGUUCUUGAAUUCACAGCAGGGGCAACAUUAUAUAAAGGGCUCAAUAGAGGACUGGGGACAAUAUUAGCAGGAUCGUUGGCAUUCUUGAUUGAGUAUAUUGCCAGAGAAUCUGACCACAUAUUUCAUGCUGUUUUCAUUGGGACCGCAGUUUUUUUAGUUGGAGCUGCAGCUACGUACAUGAGAUUUUUCCCUCACAUAAAGAAAAAUUACGAUUAUGGUGUGGUGAUAUUUCUCUUGACGUUCAACUUGAUCACAGUGUCAAGCUAUCGUAUUGAUAGUGUGUUGAAGAUUGCCCAUGAGCGAUUUUACACCAUAGCCAUUGGCUGUGGUAUAUGUCUCCUCAUGAGCCUAUUGGUAUUUCCAAUUUGGUCGGGAGAAGACCUCCAUUUAUCGACUGUUGCCAAGUUCGAAGGCUUAGCAAAAUCAAUUGAAGCUUGCAUUGACGAGUAUUUUGGCGAUAAUGAGGAACAAGAAAAGGCCAGAGAAAAUUUAAUUGAAAUGGAGGAUCCCAUUUACAAGGGUUAUAAGGCUGUUCUAGAUUCCAAAUCAGCUGAUGAAGCUUUGGCACUAUAUGCAAGUUGGGAGCCAAGAUAUUUAAGACGUUGUUCCAAGUAUCCGUGGCAACAAUAUGUUAAAUUAGGGACUGUUCUUCGCCAUUUUGGCUACACAUUAGUAGCUCUACAUGGAUGCCUGCGAACUGAAAUUAAGACUCCUCGAUCAGUUCGAGUACUGUUCAAAGAUCCAUGCAAUCGACUUGCCAGAGAAGUGACAAAAGCACUAAGGGAACUAGGCGACAGCAUAAGAAAUCGUCGUCAAUACAGCCCAGAAAUCCUAUCUAACAAUGUCCAUGAAGCCUUACAAGACCUCAUCAAUGCCUUAAAAUCCCAACCAAAACUCUUUCUUGGCACUAAUAGUAAUACUAACAUAUUAUUAGCCUUAGCAACAUUAGCCGCUAAGCAAAAAUCUGGUAAAGAUUUUGUAGUCUCUUUAUCGAGAAUGAAUACUGACAAGUCUAAUGACGGUCCUGUUCGUCUUGGACUCGGCCAUGACUUUUUGAAAGAAGAUGAUAAAAGGAGCUUGAGGUCCACAUUAAGCAAGCUUGGCAUUACUAGCCUCGAAUUUUUGGAGGCCCUACCAUUUGCAGCCUUUGCUUCUUUGCUGGUUGAGACAGUUGCAAGACUUGAUCUUGUUGUUGAAGAAGUUGUAGAAUUGGGAAGGGUAGCGCAUUUUAAGGAAUAUAGUCAUGAUGAUGAUAAUGUGGUUAUUGAUGUAAUUGGUGAGAAUAAUUCUAGAGUGGAAGAUGAGAUUGUUAGCAAAUUACAAAACCAACUCCCCUCCCAUGCAGCAGCAGAGUGAGUGUCGACUUUCGUGGUUUUUUCUAUAGUUUCUUUUUGAUAGACUAAAAGAAACUAUAGAAAAAAACAAAGAGGGUUUCUUGGUUGAUGAUAUAUACAUUAGUUAGUGAGGAUAUUAUACAUGUAGUUAUUUUCAUUGUUUCUUUUUCAUGGU